AGCUGGCGGGGGGCAGCGGCUGCGGCGGCUGCAGCAGAGGGGCCGAGAGCUGGCGGCGGUGGCGGCGGUCGUGAAGGGCAUCGGUAGCGGCGGUGAUGGCAGUGUCGAUCUGAAGAUGGAAAGAGCCAGGCGAAGGGGAGGCGGCGGCGGCCGCGGCCGCGGCGGCAAGAAUGUAGGGGGCUCUGGCCUAAGCAAGAGUAGACUCUAUCCCCAGGCCCAGCACUCCCACUACCCCCACUACGCGGCUUCAGCCACCCCUAAUCAGGCUGGGGGCGCAGCCGAAAUCCAGGAGCUGGCCUCCAAACGAGUGGACAUCCAGAAAAAGAGGUUUUACCUAGACGUAAAGCAAAGCUCCCGGGGCCGGUUCCUAAAGAUAGCCGAAGUCUGGAUAGGGAGAGGCCGGCAGGACAAUAUCAGAAAGAGUAAACUGACUCUGUCCCUGUCUGUGGCAGCGGAGCUGAAGGACUGUCUAGGGGACUUCAUCGAGCAUUACGCCCACCUGGGCCUGAAAGGCCACCGGCAAGAGCAUGGCCACGGCAAAGAUCAAGCCUCCAGGAGGAGACAGAAGCACUCGGCACCCUCCCCACCUGUCUCUGUAGGGUCCGAAGAGCACCCUCAUAGUGUCCUCAAAACAGACUACAUAGAGAGGGACAAUAGGAAGUAUUAUCUAGACCUAAAGGAAAAUCAACGGGGUCGCUUCCUAAGAAUUAGACAAACCAUGAUGCGAGGGACUGGCAUGAUAGGUUAUUUUGGUCACAGUUUGGGCCAAGAGCAGACUAUUGUGCUCCCAGCACAAGGAAUGAUUGAGUUUCGUGAUGCCUUGGUUCAGCUCAUUGAAGACUAUGGCGAAGGCGACAUAGAAGAACGAAGAGGUGGAGAUGAUGACCCACUUGAACUCCCAGAGGGGACUUCUUUCAGAGUGGACAAUAAAAGGUUCUACUUUGAUGUGGGCUCUAAUAAAUAUGGAAUUUUCCUGAAGGUAAGUGAGGUGAGGCCACCUUACCGUAAUACUAUUACUGUUCCAUUCAAAGCUUGGACAAGGUUUGGGGAGAAUUUUAUCAAGUAUGAAGAAGAGAUGAGGAAAAUUUGCAACAGCCAUAAAGAAAAGAGAAUGGAUGGCAGAAGGGCCAGUGGUGAAGAACAAGAAUGCCUCGACUAGAGUGAAAUUGAACUCCAUCAGGCAAAAUUUAAAAUCAUAAAUUGGCUAAAAGUACUGAUCCAUAAUCAUUUGAAGAAGUUUUUCCUCUUUUUUUGGCCCUUUGUUAUUAGUAAUACCUCUGGUAGUUUAUACUUCAAGGAGUCUGAUUCUCAUGUUAUACACAGAAUAUUAUAAUUCUUAAGGGAAUUCCAACCUUCCCAGAGCUAAAUAGUUCAGCUGCUUCACCUGCUCCAGACUAUUGAAGUAUGCAAAUCAGCACAAAAUGUGAUAUUCUGACCUUCUAAAUACCAUAACUAAGAUUUACAUUGCACUAUGACAUGAUCCCGAGAAAAUAUACAUAUACUUAAUACGGAAGUGUGAAUUUCUAUUUAACAAGUUCCCCGAAAAAGUAUUCCAUCCCUACUUCUUUAAAAGCUGCUAAGCUUACCUGUAGGGCAGUUACCACAGAAACAGAAAUUGACCUCAAGUAUAGUAUAAAUAUAUUUCUUUAUAAAAGUACAUGUAGAAAUAUAUUAGUUGUUCACUGGAUGACUGAAUAUCAAAAGUACCAUGAAAAGAAUUAAAUCUUACAGUUAUGAUAGUAUUCUAUAAUUUCAAAUUUUGUGGUAACCCUGCAGUUGAUAGUUGCCAUAUCAAAGCCGUGGGAGAGUUUUAAUUGGUUAUUCUAAACUAGUUGUAAUCCCAUCUUUACCUCUAUUCACUAUACCCUAUAUUUUUAUUGACUUUCCAAAGUUUGAGGAAUUGUUUUAUGUCACUGUUGAGUGGGAGGCUUCGUCCUAUGGCUUUGCUAUGGAAAUCUUGGUGUUUUAGCCUUUCAUGCUAAUUUGAAGGUUGUGCGAGGUUUUUUCCCAAAAUAUAUCAUGGACUCAAGGUGUUAUAUUUUAUGCUUCUUCUUUAGCACUAUUUCAGAGGGGUUGGUGCACCAGUUAACUGAUACAAAAAUACAUCUGUAAUAAUACAUUUUAGUAGCACUUUUGCAAUUGCUACCCUUAAAACCGUGUCAACACUUCCAAUAUAAACCUGGCUUUUACAGGUAUUUUAAUUCCAGAAAGAAAAAAAAAAAAUCUUUUUCUAAAAAGCAUUUAGAAUAUAAAUUUUCAGCCUGGGAAAAUUAUUUAAGGAUUGGUUAUAAACAUAUUUGAAAGGAAAAUUCAGGCAUUUUCCAAGGUGCUCUUUAUGAUACUUAAAAAUAAGGUUUACUUUACACAAGACUUACCCAUUUACCUGUAUUAAAAAUUACUUUCCAGGAAGUGCCACAGCAAUUUUUCAACACCUAAGCAAUUUUUAAACAAGUGGUUAUAGUGUAUAUGUGUACCAACCCACCGUGUAUUAACUGACUGGAAUUUUAUCUGUUGAGCUGCAUUUUAUUCUGAUUGAAAUUAUUGUCUUUUAUCUUGGCUUUAUUCACCUCCCACACAAUAAGUCCAUAUAAUCAUCUUUAAGAGCCAGACACUGAUUUCAACCCCCAAAUAUAGCUCUCAUUGAUGAGAGCUGGCUGCAUGGAUUGAGAUCAGAAUGUAGCUCUCCUUUUAUAUGCUAUAAGUAGUUCAAAAUUAUUUUAAUCAUUUUUUCCUUCAGCAGUUUGUCCCCAAAUCCGUUUAAGUAAGGUCACUAAGAGAACUUUGUGAGUUAAAAUAAGAAUAUUUCUGGCUUAUCUUAUUUCAAAACAAGCAAUCAGUAACCCAGAUAUAUACACUGGUAUUGGUUUUCAGAUUGUAUUUCACAUUUCCUCAAGUAGUAUGAAGGAAUCUCAUUAGUUCAUUAUAAUUGUGGACCAUCUGGAUUACUAUGGAACAACUGAAGGUUAGAAGAUAAUGUUAGUACUAGAGUUAAUAGCACAUGGUGGGUGUUGAGACUCUAAAAGUAGCAAGGAUCUUUAAGCAGUCCUAACUGUAAAAUAACCAUUGUAGACUUGAUAAAAAAGUAGUUCUUGGUAUAUGAAGGAGUGAUGUGCACUUGAAUUACUGUACUACUGAUUGUUAUUGCUGCCCAUCAUAGUGCCUACUAAUAAUUAUCAACCUGUCAGAUUUUGGCAAACUGGAGUGAUGAAUGUUCCAGUAUUCGAGUGUUCCUAUCACUAUUGCUAUGACUAUAUACUCUUUCUUAAAACCUUCCCUCCUAAAAUAUUUAUAUCCAUUAAAUCUACAUGAUUUUUGUUUUGGUUUUAGUCUGAUAAGAUUUGAGUGUUUAUGUCUAUAUAUAUACAUAUGUGUGUGUAUAUAUACAUAUACACAAUAUUAUGUCAGACUUAAAGAUAAGUAUCUUUAAUUCAUUGUAUAUAAAUAUUAAUUUUGCAUUAAUUAUUUAAGUCAAGAAUUAGUUAAGUAGCCAAAUCUUCUACCUUGUAUGUAUACUUCAAAGUUAUCACCAUCUCAAAGCUAUAGAUUGGUAGAUGCAUAUAUACCGGCAACUGAAUAUAAAUUAGAAUCACUAAGCCUUCUGCCAGUCCUUUUGUUUCACUUUUUUAUAUGUAUUCAUUGAAAAAUGAAAUGUUAUGAUUUUUUGAUACUUAAAAUUCCCAAUUAUUCAUUAGCCAUAAUCAAAUAAGAUCCAGUUCAAAACUCUGGUAUUAGGACAUGUAUUGCCAUGUAUCUUAUAAAAUAAGCUACUAUUUUUAUCUGUGCAAUAUGCAUUUUAUUUAUUGUCAUUUGUAACAUAAAUGAAGCUGCAAGUGUACAUGGUAUUCUUCAAAAUAAUAGGAUCUCAGCCUUGAGGAUAUUAAACUCUUAAGGCAACUGGAUGUUAGAAGUCAAAAAGUGAGCAUUCAAGUUAGUAACCAAAAUUACUAGUUCACUGUAUAAUUCUAAAACACUGAUGAUGUUUGCACAUAAUAACCCAAGUAUAAUGUGGUAUAGACUCAAAACUGUAAUAAUAUAAGCUAAUAGUAUGAGAUUUGGAAACGGGUUCCUCAUAACGGUUGGCAGUGUGCUCCUAGCAAUUGAAAGCAACACUAAUCUGUUGCUUAUAUGCAAAAGAUGCAAUGUAUUAUAAAAGUAUUAAAAGUUCUGCCACAUUUUAUAAUUUUCCUUGUUAAAGCCCCAAACUGCCAUGUCCCUUAAACUUGAGUCAAACACAAGCUUAUUUGCACUAAAGAGCAUGGCCAAAAAAUAAACGACAGGGUGGAAAAGCUAGUUGGAACCUCUUGAAAUAAUUGGUUCUAAUGGGAGAAUUUCACAUUUGUCUAUUUGAAAGCUAUAUGGUCCAGGCAGACAAUCUGUCAGUUCACUAAUUUAAUAAUGCACUUUACCUUUUGUAUAUAGAAGAUGUACAUUUAUGCCACUUGACAGGUGGGAUGUGUUUCAAUAACUAUGUAGUUAGAAUCUGUAGGGUGAUCUCUUGCAUGCAGAUGUUUGUGUUGGAACUGCUAUAAUAACAAGUUUCCAUUAAAUCAGUGUAAUGGAGGAGGAUAGAAGAUGCUUUUGAAACAAGUCCCAAUACAUUUAACGAACACUUUUAAAGUAGAGUUCAUAUUUGUAUUCUUAAGACCUAAAAUCAAUAA